CGGUAUAACUGCUGAUCGCAGACGUAAACUUACGAUGUUUUGUGAAAUAGGCCCUGUUUUCUUAUAAAAAGAUUACAGCUUCGGUAAACUACAUAACGUCUGGAUGCACAAAAGAUAGCAGUGUGAAAAUUAACUGUCGAACAACUGCUGUGCUGUCUGUAGUUUUGCAUAUCGGUCUACAAGGUACAGACACUACACCAUGUGGCCUAUUUUACUACUGGAAGUUCUUCUCGUGCCGCUAGUCGCUUUCCAGACCCACCCGCCUCACUGGGUGCCUCACUAUGCUAACUGCUCAUCUAAACCGGAUGGACUCCUGGAAUUCGGAUGCUGGGGCGCCAUCUACUGUCAAGCGGGUUUACCAAAUACCGUUGAGUGCCAAAAGGACGAGGUUUUUGACAGACAUAGCAAAUCUUGUAUCUUAUAUGCUGGUUCUGCAGCUGAUCACGUGACCUGUCGUCAACCCAAACCGUGCCCUGACCAUGACGAGCUCCAUCGCUAUGCGGAUCUGGAGGACAAAUGUGAGACGUACUACGUCUGUUACGGCGGCUCCUAUCUACAGAGAUACUACUGUCCUGCAGGGACAGUCUUCAAUAACAAACUUCAGACAUGUGACUGGCCAGGGGACACGCUACCUCCAUGUGGAACACGAACAUGGUGAAAAAUAGAACCUGCGAAAUAUAUCGUUAUUAAAUAA